GUAUCUGCAAUGCUGCAAUGCAAUCUGCAAUGCUCAAUUUGCUCAUCUUUGGCUGAAAAAUAAAACUUUGAUUGUCUUGUGCUUUGUUUAAGAUUAAUGCAAUAAUUCAUGUCGCCAAAUAAAUGAAGACGCCGCGACAGUCGUCAGGAUCCAUCAUGAGGAAAUAUUACCAACUCAUACUUAUCAUAAUAUGCUUCGUCAGCAUCGUGACGCUCUUAAUUUACCGGCACGAAUACUACCGACUGCGAUAUGUCCUGGAAGUGCUCAACUUUUUUGGGAAGCCCGGUUUGUCCGAGAUCGAGUUUUGCGGGCCUGGCUUCAAUGCUACGAUGCUCACGGAGAUAAUGCGGAACUCGUCGAUGGAGGUGAGAGAGACCCGCCGCUAUUCCAGCAGAUUGACGACAAUUUCUACGCGUACUCGUCAUUUUUACGUUCGUACCAGAAGUACGAAAAGCUCACGCCUCACGCGCACAACAUAGACACUAUCGUCAUCGGGAGAGCUAACGCGCGCCCUAACUUCCGUUGUAACAUCUGGCUAGAGAACAGUUCCAAACAUAAAGUAGGCACAUUCAGUUUCAAAACAAUCUCCCAACCCAUCAACGGCUUCAGAUUAUUUGUUUUCCAGUGCUCAUUAAGCCAAAACUUAGGUAAAUUAAAAGGCAUAAGCUUCUAUGCCAAUGACUAUAAAGUUAGUCCGAUUCAUACCCCCAUACAUAGAUUGAUAGAUGUAACUACAAAACGAAAAGCAAGACCCAUGAGAUAUACUAACAAUAUUAAAUUUAUUAAUAAUGUUGUGCCAGCUAUGUGCAUCAUCCCAAACCAAGUGCCAAUAGUCUCCAGAGACUCUCUCAUAGAGUCCUUGGUGUUUCACCACAUGAUGGGAGUCAACUCGUUCACUAUUUAUGACAGUAUGAUAUCUGAAGAUGUAGUAAAGAGACUGAAUUUGGUCCCAAGUGAUAUUACUCAAUGGGACAUUAAAUUUUUCCCCUUAAAUUUCCCUUUCAACUUUGCUAAAAGUUAUGAUGUAGUCAAGCAGGCUAUAGAGUUGGAUUGUCUCUUCCGUCAUUUUAAGUUAGACAAGGAAGACACAAACAAGGCAAGUCAUGCUAUUGUUAUCUCCUGGGAUGAGUUUCUCGUCCCACGCAUCCAUAAUACUUUAAAAGCUGUCAUCUCAGAUUUUGACCCUACAUACAAACAGAAAUCAAUAACAUUGGAGCCCUUAUUGUUCUGCUUAAAUCAGAAUGAUGAUGACAACUCAGAAGUAGGUUACCCAGACAUUAUGAAAAAGACUCACUACUACCAGCUACCACAGGAGAAAAAGCGGCCAGUAUAUAUAAGGAAUUUGGACUCCAUGGCCACUUUUGAGGACAUAUUUAAUGCUACCUCUACUAGCGGGAAAGCUAUACCUGCCAAUUUGCUAGCUGUACAUAAGUAUACAGAAUGCAGGGACCCCAACAGCUACCAUCCGAGAGGUGUAGGGUUCAAUGAGACACAGAUGGAAGUGUUCCGGAACAAGUAUGAAGCGGCUAUGAUGAAGUUUGGACCAAGCUUGGUGAGCAACAAGAUUUACAGGCUGUACAGAUCAGGACAAAUUUGGGAGAAAACAUCAAAUGAGAAUGUUAGGGAUAUGCUAUAAAAAUGUCAUAAACAAGUGUAUUUAGUAUAGGCAAAUAAUUGCUGUGCUUAUGGGAUGGGAUGCCAAAUUGGGCUCAUCCAUUAAUUACGUCACACCAAUUUCAUGAUAUUUCCACCCCUCCCUUUUCACACUAUACUCAGUGUGACGUCACAUUCAGAUUCUUAGUUUAGGAAGGCAAAAAUAAAAAAACACUUUGAAUUAUCUUAAUUAUCUCCACAUUUCACUAUCUGGAAUAGGUAUUGAGAUUCACGGACGUGAAUUGCGUUCCUACCAAGUUACGUCAUUUUUAAGUAAUUUGGGCUGUUCAUUUUGCAAAUAUCUUGUAUGUGACUCACAAACAUGGAACUCCUCCCUCCCUCCCCCUGUCACAACAUGUCACAUUUUGUGGACACCUCCCCCCCCUUCCUUCCCGUCUAGGUGUGAUGUAAUUAAUGGAUGAGCUCUAUUUGGGCUUAUUGAAUAAGAUAAGUAUAAUAAGCAUAUUAUUGAACAGCAAUACAUAUACAUAUAGUGGAGAAAAUGAGGAAUCAGAAGAAUUUUGAUAAUAAUGAUGAUUGUUAUGGACUGAUGUUAACCACAGUUGACAGAAUCUGUGAGUUAUAUACUGAGUCAGCAAUGAAGUGGUUUACAAAUGAAAUGAUUGUUACAUAUAAGGCUUAAAAGUUUUUCCAAAAACUAAACCUCUGAGCGCGUAAAAUGUCAACUUGCAUGGAUACGGUGUAUUGCAUGGAUCAACCUUCGUGACUA